UGCUUAGCUGCUGCUGCAAAAUGGGUGGCACGCCAAGUAAGCCCAAUGUGGGCGUUCUUCUUCUGCUGUCACAACAAACCUCUUAUCAAAAACCAAAACAAAUCAAUUUUUGUGAUUCAUCGCUGCAUUCCACCUCAAAAAAGUUGUAAUUGGGGUAAAUUUGCUUGAAAUACACGACUUACAAUGUUCAAUCAUUUAACUGGUGGGCGAGCAAACGUGCAACUACUGCAGGAAGCUGCAGUACGCGAACUCGUUGAAAUUCUAGAUCGCUGCGAAGGAACUAAGGCCAUCGUUUGGGAUGAAUCUCUGGGUGGACCGGUGGGACUGGUGGCCCGGUACACCUUUCUCAAGGAACAUCAUGUUACGAAGAUGUACGCUCUCCGGCCGGAACCUUGGACCGAUAUUGAUGUCAAGAACAUCAUCUUCAUCACUAGACCUAAUCAAACGCUGAUGGAUUAUAUUGCAAAUAACAUCCAUGAGGAGGAGCGCAAAAAGAAAAUAUCACGGAAGGAAUACUACCUGUACUUUGUUCCCAAGAAAUCGUUCCUAUGUGAAAAGCGACUCCAAGUGAAGGGCGUUCUGGGGAGCCUGGCGCACAUCGGGGAGUUUAAAUGUGACUUUUUCCCAUUCGAUAACGAUCUGCUGUCGAUGGAGCUUAAGGACGCCUACAGGGACUUGUAUCUGGAUCGCGAUACUUCCUGUUUGCAUCAAUCUGCCUGCGCCCUCAUGGCGUUGCAAAAGCUUUACGGUCGCAUUCCCAAGGUCUAUGGCAUUGGCAGUUGUGCCCAACGUGUGUGGGAGCUCACCAAAACUAUGAUGAGCGAAGAGCAGGCCGUACCCAAUAUCGACAAAGGGGUAGUCGAUCAAAUGAUCAUCCUCGAUCGCUCAACUGACCUGAUGAGUGUCCUCGCGACACAACUCACCUACGAAGGUCUGAUCGACGAAAUAUUCGGCAUCAACAACACAACGGUUAAUCUUCCGUCCGAAAAGUUCAAUUCCGGAGAAGGAUUCUCCAUGGAAAAGAACACCGAGAAAAGCCAGUUCAUAUUGAACUCCAAGGAACAGCUUUAUGCAGAGCUUCGGGAUAAGCACUUUAAUGCCGUGGGAGCUGUGCUUUCACGACUGGCCAAAUCGAUCCGCUUGAGAGCGAACGAAAAUCACGGAGAGAAAUCCAUUCAAGAGUUGAAGAAAUUCGUAGAAAGCUUACCGCACAUCAAAGCGAACGAGCAAUCUCUAGCCACCCAUACAAAAAUUGCGGAACUAGUUAAGGACGUCAUUUCGUCGGAUAGCUUCCUAGAUGAACUCGGAUGCGAGCAAGAAUUUAUGAUGUGCUCUGACGUGGACAAACCGAAUCCUUUCAUUGAAGAUCUUAUAGCAAAGCAAGCCCCCCUACGAAAUGUCCUUCGUCUCAUGUGCAUGCAAUCCAUAGCAGGUUCCGGCUUAAAGCCCAAAGUACUGGACUAUUACAAGCGAGAGCUCGUACAAGUGUACGGCCUGCAAGUUCUACUUACAAUCGGAAACCUUGAGAAAGCUGGCUUGCUAAAAUCACAAACAGGAACCAGAACAUACGCCGUUCUCCGGAAAACACUGAACCUCACCGCCGAACAUCCCGAGGAAGUGUCCCCAAAGGACAUCACGUACGUCCACAGCGUUUAUGCUCCGCUAUCCAUACGUAUCGUUGAGCAACAUCUGAAGCCGAACGGUUGGCAAAUCCUGACCGAAAUCCUCCCGGGGCCAACUUUCGAAGACUACCAACCGACAACAGCGCUCACCAGUCGGCGAGGAUCGUUCACGUCGGAGAUUUCCCAGUCGGACAUUCCCCGGGUCAUUGUGGUGUUCUUCAUCGGUGGAUGCACGUUUGCCGAGAUUUCCGCGCUGCGUUUUCUCACGCAGCAGGACGAGAACAAUGUGGAAUUUCUCGUGUGCACCACGAAGCUGAUCAAUAAGAAUAGUUUCUUGGAUGCAUUUAUCGAAAAGUACUGAUAAACUUAUGAAACCGUUAUUAUUGUUAAGUGAUUCUCAAUAUAUUCCAUUUCUAAACUAAA